AAUAAGUGAUGACAGUGAUGUAAGCAAGCAGUGGCCGCUGCAGGUUGCAGUUCAUUGUGUUACUGGCAGGCAGGUUGAGGAGUUUGAGGUACCCGGGCUUGCGUUUGGCUUUCUGGAGGAUGACUGCCCGCCCGGAGACGCGGCACAUUUGCAUCUGGAAGCCAACAUGGCAAGGCUGCUGCCGCUGCCGCCCUGCCUCGCCUUCCAGCCAGGAGUGCGCGGCUGUCCUCUAGACUUCUUGCCCGGUGCGCUGGAUCUGAGCAGACAGGGAUUGCAGUAGCACUCACCAAGGGGAGGCAAGCAGCAAGUAGCCAAAUCGGGACGAGGGAGGAGAGGGGGGGGCUUUUUCGCCUUCCCUCCUUUUUUUUUUUUUUUCUCCUUUUUUUUUUUUUUUUUUUUUCCUUCCGUUCUGGAUGCGGAGCCCGUGCUUUGAUGCAGAGCCUGUGGAUGCCACAGCCUGGUAAGGAGAUGACACGCCAGUCUCUGGUCCCUCCUGCCCCUUGAGCCGGGGGCAGGGGCCUGGGGCAGCGCCGCUCCGCUCCUCGCGCACUGCCGGGGUCCCUCCCUCCACCUGAGCAGCAGCAGCAGCGGCCAUGGACAAGCUGCCCCCCUCCAUGCGCAAGAGGCUCUACAGCCUGCCCCAGCAGAUAGGACCCAAGGCGUCGAUCAUGGACGAAGAGGAAGACAGCGACAAGGACACCCGGAGGAAAAGCAUCAGGCUCAAGCCGCUGCCUUCGCCCUCUGCUGGGAGCACCCGGGCGCUCGGGGGAGACCCCGGCAGAGGGGAAGACCCCGGCUUCGUAGAGACGGAGGCGGGCAGCAAAGGUGCCAAGACCAGCACCAACGGGGACUGCCGCCGCUUCAAAGGGAGCCUGUCCUCGCUGACCAGCAGGCACCUCCACGACGCGGCCGAGGAGAAGAGGCUGAUCGGCGGCGAAGGGGAGCCGGCCUCCCCCGGCGAGGACAAGAGCCCCUCCGGCAGCGGGGAGACGCAGGGACUGCCGGCACCCCCGCCGCCAGCUUCCCCCCCGGAGCCCCAGCAGCAGCCCCUCCGGGCUUGCUCCUCUACCUCUAUCAAAGUGGAAGGAGGUGGAGGGUGUGACCAGAUCACCCCAGAUGAGGAGCAGAGGCUGGGCCAAACCGGGUUCAUGCAGAGGCAGUUCGGGGCCAUGCUCCAGCCGGGGGUCAACAAAUUCUCCUUGAGGAUGUUUGGCAGCCAGAAGGCCGUGGAGAGGGAGCAGGAAAGGGUUAAGUCUGCUGGGUUCUGGAUCAUCCACCCCUACAGCGACUUCAGGUUUUAUUGGGAUUUGACCAUGCUGCUGCUGAUGGUAGGGAACCUGAUCAUCAUCCCUGUGGGCAUCACUUUCUUCAAGGAUGAAAACACCACACCGUGGAUUGUCUUCAACGUGGUUUCGGACACGUUCUUCCUCAUCGACCUUGUCCUCAACUUCCGAACAGGCAUUGUGGUGGAGGACAACACAGAGAUCAUCCUAGACCCACAGAGGAUCAAGAUGAAGUACCUGAAGAGCUGGUUUGUGGUGGAUUUUAUCUCCUCCAUCCCCGUUGACUACAUCUUCCUGAUAGUUGAGACCCGCAUCGACUCGGAGGUGUACAAGACAGCCCGGGCACUGCGCAUUGUGCGCUUCACCAAGAUCCUCAGCCUCCUGAGGCUCCUGCGGCUCUCCCGGCUCAUCCGCUACAUUCAUCAGUGGGAGGAGAUCUUCCACAUGACCUACGAUCUGGCCAGUGCAGUUGUGCGGAUUGUGAACCUGAUUGGGAUGAUGCUGCUGCUGUGUCACUGGGAUGGCUGCCUCCAGUUCCUCGUACCUAUGCUGCAGGACUUCCCUGAUGAUUGCUGGGUAUCCCUCAACCGCAUGGUGAAUGACUCCUGGGGGAAGCAGUAUUCCUAUGCGCUGUUCAAGGCAAUGAGUCACAUGCUCUGCAUUGGGUAUGGGCAGCAGGCACCCGUUGGCAUGUCUGAUGUAUGGCUCACUAUGCUGAGCAUGAUUGUCGGUGCCACCUGCUAUGCCAUGUUCAUCGGCCAUGCCACAGCCCUAAUCCAGUCUCUGGACUCCUCACGGCGUCAGUACCAGGAGAAGUACAAGCAAGUGGAGCAGUAUAUGUCCUUCCACAAGCUCCCUGCAGACAUGAGGCAGCGCAUCCAUGAUUACUAUGAGCACCGCUACCAGGGGAAGAUGUUUGAUGAAGAGAGCAUCCUGGGAGAGCUGAGCGAGCCCCUCCGAGAGGAAAUCAUAAACUUCAACUGCCGGAAGCUGGUUGCCUCCAUGCCACUCUUUGCCAACGCAGAUCCCAACUUUGUGACAUCCAUGUUGACCAAGCUGCGGUUUGAGGUAUUCCAGCCUGGGGAUUACAUCAUUCGGGAGGGCACCAUUGGCAAGAAGAUGUACUUCAUCCAGCACGGGGUGGUGAGUGUCCUCACCAAAGGCAACAAGGAGACCAAGCUGGCAGAUGGCUCCUACUUUGGAGAAAUCUGUCUGCUGACUCGCGGCCGGCGCACAGCCAGCGUGCGAGCGGACACCUACUGCCGGCUCUACUCCCUCUCGGUGGACAACUUCAAUGAGGUGCUGGAAGAGUAUCCCAUGAUGCGGCGAGCUUUUGAAACGGUGGCUCUCGACAGGCUGGACAGAAUUGGUAAGAAAAAUUCCAUUCUGCUGCAUAAAGUCCAGCAUGACCUCAAUUCGGGGGUUUUCAACUACCAAGAGAAUGAGAUCAUCCAGCAGAUCGUGCAGCACGACAGGGAGAUGGCACACUGUGCUCACAACGUCCAGGCUGCCGCCGCAGCCGCCGCCGCCGCGUCCACCCCCACCCCCGUCAUUUGGACCCCGCUCAUCCAGGCCCCCCUGCAAGCCGCAGCCGCCACCACUUCCGUUGCUAUCGCCCUGACCCACCACCCGCGCCUCCCGACAGCCAUCUUCCGUCCCCCCGUGUCCGUCUUGGGUUCCCUGGGACAGCAGUCCAGCCAGACCCCAAGACAGCUGAAAAGGCUUCAGUCCCUGAUCCCGUCGACCGGGCCUUCCGCCGUUGGCUCUCCCUCGAGUACCCCGUCCCAGCUGCACACCCCGGGAGCAGAAACACCUUCGUCCUCUUCCUACCACAUCCAGCAGCUCGCUGGGUAUUCGGCCGCUGCCGGCUUGGGGCAGUUCCAGGUGGGAUCCCCUCCCGCGGGCUCUGGGCAGCAGGGACUGAGCGGUGCGUCCUCAGCGGGGCUGAGCCAGCUGCAGCGGGCGCCUUCUGGCUCACCCCUGGGGACGGCUCAGCCCCUGCAGCAGCAGCAGCUGCAGCGGCAGCCCUCCCUUUCCAGCGGCGGAUUCGGGCACUUCCAGCAGGCCGCAGCCAGCUCUCCAUCCACGUCGCUCACCCAGCUCUCAUCCAAUUCCCCCCCCAGCCUCCUCAACCAAUUCCAGCCCGCCACAAGACCGCUGCAGGGGGGACAGUUGCAGCAGCUCUCGGGCAGUGGAACUCUGGGGGGAAUUAAUCACUUCCAGCCCCCUCCUUCUUCCAACUCUCCAUCCUCCAGCCUAAGCCAGCUGGCACAGGCCUCCGGCGGGCCGUCCUCGGGCCUUUGCCAAACACAGCCAAGUGCAUUAGGAUCUUUAACUGGAACGAUAGCCCAGCUCCACCAAGAACGAUCCCCCUUUGCCUCCGCGUCUCCUCUACAGCAGCCUGGCGUCGCCUCUCCCUGUUACACCCCUUCUGGCCUUAGUCCUCCUACUCAGAGCCCAGUGGCAACGAGAACUUUUCAGUGCGGCCCGCUCGGGGCCUCGGGCUCUCACGGCUCUCUGCUCCUGCCUCAGACCGCCAGCCCACCUCCGCAGAUCCUGCAGUCCAAGAGCACGCCACCCGUGCCGCCGGGACGCUUGAACCAGGACAUCAAGUUGAUUUCUGCUUCCCAGCCAUCCUUGCCCCAAGAGCUGGCUCAGACACUGAGCCAAAGUUCUCAUUCCUCUAGAGAAUCUGUUUCCAGCUUCUCUCCUUUUCCCGGAGGAGGGACUGGACUUCUCGGGAAGCCUUGUAGCUCAAUUCCUGGCCGUGUGACUUUACCACGUCAGAUGUCCUCAGGUUCUUUACCGCACCCGCUGGUGUUUGGGGCCGGCGCUGCAGGCACCGCUUCUCUGACUGCUGGUGGGCGGAAAGAGUCCAUAGUGCUCACAGGGGAUCUGGAGCCUGUCAGAUCCAAACUGCCCUCCAAUUUGUGAGGACUCCUUCCGAGAGCUGGUCAUGUCAGCCGUGCAGUUCGGUUCCUGAUUAGACUUUCAUGAAUCAUUUUUUGCCUUUUUUAUUUUUCCCUCUUUCCCCCCCCCUUCCCCCCUCCAUUUCUUUUGUUUAGAUUUAACUGUGAUUAGAAACAAACAAGCAAACAAACAAACAAAAAAAAACACACGGAAAAAUGACAAAAAAAAAGAAGAUAACCAGGUAUUCUUAGAGCUAUAGAUUUUUGGUCACUUGAUUUUAUAGAAUAUUUUAAUACAUGGAACAAAAGGAUACGAGCAAAUUUAAUCCAACGAGGUAACGCACAGACAGGGCAUGUGCCUGAGCUGGAACAUGUGAAUGAUCAGCCAUAGAAGCCACCAAAAAAGGUUUUCCUGUUGAGACAGUGAUCCAAGGUUGACGUGGGCCGUAGAAGGGAACAUGAGGCCGGCCCGUAGCUGGUGUUUUUGGAACAGCUGUUGUUGGCCACCAGCUGUGGGGGGGGAACUCGAUGGCUCAGUGUGUGCAUCGGGAAGUGUCACCUCCUCAGGUCUCUCCUGCGAUCUGCAGGUUGCAGAGGAAGCAAGAAGAGAGGUGAGUUUCAUUCAUGCAGUCCCCUCUAGGAAUAUCAGAUGGGCUGAGUUUCUGUGUGGACUCCAUCUGAAGAAGAUGACCAGGAGAUGGACGGACUUGACUUCAGAUGCUUGUCUCAUUCCGCUGAUGCUCUAAUGUGGGUUGUGGGAGAAGUCCUGUCUCUGCCACCACACCAGGCAGCUGUUCUCAGCAGAACAGCCUCAGCCUCACUCCACGGCUGGAAGCCUGCAUGCUGCCUUCCAGGUUGGGGCAUGCAAAGCAAGGGGAGGGGUGAAGAAAGAGACAGCACUUUAACCUUCCCUCUCUCCGUUUUAAUGUCUCAGUGUCCAUGGGCUGACUGCUUUGAAGAGAACUGGUUAGGGUAAGAUUGCAAGGUGGGCUGCAGCCACCCCAGCCCUCUUCUUCCUUAGCCCAGGGGAGUUUGAGCUUGGAGGCACUGAGGGCAAUACCAGUGCCCAGCCAAGAAUCCUCCAGAUUUGCAAAUAUGUUUGUACCAUUAAAACAAAUUAAACCAGAAAUCUGGCCAGCCAUGGUCCGUGCUUCUCCUCUGAUGGGGGAAUUGAAAUCUUUUGCUUGAUUUCACCAGCAAUAACAGCCUGCACCUGAUUGGCGUUGGUCUCGCCCUGCAGUUGCAGCAUCACUGGACACAUCUGGGGGCUGGCAGGCACCUUGAGCUGGAAUUUUUGGGCUCCCCUGAUUUAAGACAGUCAAAACGGGUUGAAGACAGGAAGGUGCCUUUGGGUGCACUCAGCAGCGAGAAGCUACAGCCUUUACCUCUAGAGCAAAUGUCUCCUUUUCUCUCUUUUUGUUUUCCUUUCAAUUCUUUCUUUCUCUUUUGUUCUUCCCAAGGCCAAGAGGUGUCUCCAGCCGCCUCAGUGUAAACAGUCAGGUGCUCAACUUUUCUAACUCUUGUUGGAAACACUUGUCCAGCUCCCCUCUGUUCUCAGCUAUCUUGGAGUCCCUCCAGCCCACAGAGGGAAAGCAGACCUUCCUGCAGCAGUGCCAAAAAAUAUAUCACAGUAACGAUACAGGCCCACACAACCCCUCAUCUUACCUCCUCUCCCCAAAAACACUGGCUGACAGUUGAUUUUUAUACCGAAUUGUUUGCAAAACUCUUGACACGUGCCUGUAUCUUGAAUGUUGCUGCAGGCAUUACUGGGCACUCCUGCUUCAACGUGCUUUGGUGGCUCAGAAUUCAGAUGUAAUCAGCUUUGGUCUUCCUUAAAGGGUCAGGGGAACUCUAGAAAUGUUUUUUUCUACUAGCUACAUACAAUUAUGUAUGUGUGAGUGUGUGUGGCGGGAGGGGAGUGUGAGUGUUUGUGUGUGUGUAUAGAUUUUUAUAUAUAUAUCUAUAUAUACACACAUGCUUUUAUAUAUAUGUAGUGUACAGUCAUACACAUACGUAGCCUAUUUAUGCACAUGUGUAAGCAGCACACACACACACACACAUAUUUAUAUAUAUAUAUAUAUAUAUCCUAGUUUUAAAAUACAUGUCUGUUUUGACCCUCCUGUAGGACUGAUUGGCAGGAGAUAAUUAUAACACGUAGAUCCUGCUUUUCCAAAAUAUGUACACGCUCAUCUUGAAAGAGAAUCAGAUUGAUGGAAUUGAAGCAGACUCACAGAUCCUCUCAUAGUUUCAGAGGUAUGAGUUCCUAGAGGAAGACUCACAAUAUCCUUUUAAGUAUUCUGUUUGUUUUAACAACCUUUUUCCCCAUAUACUAGAGGGCCCCCUAGAACGAACAUCUCGAGAGGUUGGGAGCUAAGCUGUUUGGGUCUGGGGAAUCUAAUACAAGCAAGUGGGAAAGGUCUUCAGCCCAGCGAUGCCAAGCCCUCAUGGAUGACUGUCCUGUGACUGCUGCAUAGGUACUUGAAUCUCAACAACCCCUGUGGACACUCAGACAAAUGGAGGGGCACAGAAACACCCUGAGGGCUGUCUCUGGUAGCCGUGCGUUCCAUCCACCAGUCCGGUGAACAUCCUUUGUUCAGUUGGGUUCCUUUGCUUGAAUUUUCACGGGGGUCUUGUUUGAUUUUCCAGUUCUUAGUGGUGCAGUAGCCAAUAUUGAGUUACUCCGACUGGACCCCAGUCAACACUAGGCUUGUCUCAGUAGGUGGAACUAUAUUAAUUAUUAUUGUUAUUUUUUGUUUUAUU